AUGGCGGCUCUGCGGGCCAAGGCCAGUCAGAAUUGGUCCCUGAUCACAGGGUUGCUGAGAUGCAUCCAGUCCGGAUUCACUGGAGGAUCAGAUGAAGCCACUGGACGACUGCAGGAGAUGAUCUGCAAGAAACAUGAGAAGCUCCUUGAGGUUUUCUGUCGCACAGACCAGAAAUGUAUAUGUCUGCUGUGUAUGAUUAUUGAACAUAAAACCCACGACAUUGUAUCAGUUGCAGAUCAGAAGACAGAGAAACAGCACCAGCUGAAGGAGACGCAGAAGACGUUCCAGCAGAGAAUCCAGCAGAGAGAGAAAGAUCUUCAGCAGCUGAGAGAGGCUGUGGAGUCUCAUAAGCGCUCUGCACAGACAGCAGUGGAGGACAGUGAGAGGAUCUUUACUGAGCUCAUCCGCCCUAUUGAGAGAAGCUGCUCUGAGCUGAAACGGCUGAUCAGAGAUCAGGAAAAGACGCUGAGCUUUCACACAAACAGGAUCACAUCCAGUUCCUGCAGGUAA